AAGUUCUGUGGACAGAUUCAGAUUCAGACAACUUUAUUUAUCCCAAGAAGGGCAAUUCCUUUGCAGCUUACCCAGUCCAUAUACAAACUUAAAAACUCACAGGCAAAGUAGUUAUAUAUCAGAGGCAACAGAUCAGCAUACUUUGGUCAAUACAAGGAACAACAAGCAGCAAUAAGUAAAAUGAGGAAAGGAAUAAAACAAGUAAAACAGAUUAAAAUAACAGUUUCUAUAGUAAAUAAAUAAUGUGAAUACAUAAAUGACUGCAUUAAAAAAUGUUACUUUAAAUAUAUCAUUUGAAAUGAAAACUAACAGCGUUUAGUAGCCUGAUAGCAGAAAGAAUGAAGGACUUGAAGAGGGGGUUGGUUCUCUUAAGGGGCACAUUAAAGGUAAAGGUAAAAUUGGUGAGGGUGAGUAUGGCCAAAGCAUGAUGAAAAAAGCAGGUUGCCAACUAUUAAAGAUGUGGGGUGGAAAUAUUCUGCUUUGGGGUUGUGUGACAGCAGGUGGCACAGGAAACACUACAUUGACACUGGGAGGAAUGGAUUCUACUGAAUAUCAACAAUUUCUGGAUAAAAAUGUCUUAUAGUCAUUGAAGAAAAUGAAACCAAAAGAGACUGGUUUCUACAACAGGACAAUCAUUCAAAGCAGACCUCAACUAAAAAGAGAAAGCUGAAGUGGAACAACCCUUAUAGUCACCCUGAAAAUCAAUGGGUAGAUCUUUAACAUGCUGUGUGAGCAAGACAGCCUCAAAUAUGUCAGAUCAUGAAGCGAUCUGCAGAAAGCUUAUAUUCUUAAAUCAAGAGUAGAGAUGCUUAGCUGGAUCCAUAAAGUGUAAUUACUAGUUGUUUUACUUUUUCUAUUGAAGUUAAUUUAAUAAAAAACAACAAAAUAUGGAAUAUGCCCAGUGGUGCACAAAUUUACAACUGCUUAUGAAAAAUGAAUACAAAUAAAGUAGCCUAAAGUAGUUAUGGGGUUUUAGUUUUUUGUUAUGCAUUAGCUGCUAGUGCAGCCAUGUUCUAUAGACUGUAAAUUUGAAAAACAUCACACAGACCACAGCUUUUACUUUCAUUUAUGUGUUGAAAUGUAAAAAUGCUAAAUGUUCAAAGAGUACAAGUGUGCACCCCAUUCAGCAGCUACUGCUGGCACGUUUGCUUUUUAACAGCCUCUAUGGACGGUAAAUUUGUAAUUUGAAUAAAUUACAUACUACACACUUGGAUUUAUACUUCAACACAUUUAAAUGAAAGCAAAAGAAAACUUGAAAAUUUUCAGUCAGGACACGUAACUGUCUGACAGCACAUUACAAUAUUUCCUCUCUAGAGAAGGGUGGGGCGUCCUCAAACGCCUCUUUUACAACAGCAACUUCACUAGCUGGCCAAAACAGUGCAGCCAUCUUGCACGGCGCAUCGGGACCGACUAAACUCUGAAAUCUGGUUUGUUAGCUUGUUGUAAACCACGUUAUUAUUCUACCAAAAGUCACUCAGUGCGAUUCUGAGACGGGAUAAUUAAUGGGACAACGUGAAAACACCGGCGACGGUGAAACAUUUGUUGGAAACAUUUCGUCUCCGGUACGAUGUUGUUCCGUCUCGUGCAUCCCCUGGAAUGACAGCUGAAGCCAUUGGUACCGCCUUUUACAAUGUGGAACAGCCAAUCACAGCUCGCCGAAGUCCCCGCACUGAGACGUUUACUUGUUGUGCGCACGCGCAUGUCAGUUGGUAAGUACCUCACUUCUCACAAGCACACAGGAGUGUGAAGAUGGCGGUUCGCCCGGGCCCGCUGGAUGAGCUGUUUUUACACACAGAGGUGAAUAAAGCGGUAGUUUGUCAUCCUGUCCGGUCUGUAGAGUCACAACUAUCGGUCUUUUGUCACAACAACCACUGGGGUAGGCACGAAGCAGCCGGUAAUUACAUGGCUAUAGUUCCGGGACAAGGGGGUAGCGAGAGCUAAUGUCCAGCUGGGACUUGGUCAAGACGAUUGCUAAAGCAGGUACGCUGUAACUACUUAUGUUGUUUUCCUCAUUGUCUCAAAAAGAGUAUACACGAAAACCAAGCACAGGAGCUGUCAGAGGAAUUUAGUGUCAGAGUCUCGCCCCAUCACAUUCAAGAUUGUUUGUACUCCGUCUAAACAAGUUGAAGUGCAGGGGGUCUCAUCAUAGCGAGGUCCCCAUGGUUCAACUAUGGACGCAUCGACGGCCAGCACGGACUCCUCUCCGGGACACGACCCUGGCAAAACACUUGUUGUUAGUGACGGUGCGGCUUCUCUCCCUAAUCACCUGCGGAAAGUAGGCUCAUACUCAGUGCAGACUUUCAAUGGGAGCCAAACUAUGAACUCUCACAAUUCAGGAAGCGCUGCCCUUCUCGGGGGGACGACAGUGACAAGUGGCACGGGUAACAGCAGCGUUCCUGCGGUAUCUGUCGCAGCUGUCAACAGUGGACCAGUGUUGUCUAAAGGGCUGGCCAGUGCGAUAAUGCCCCCCUCGUCAAACAGUGUAAUCCAGACGCAUCUCAUGAACUCGCAGAGUGUUGUCGCUUCAGCUCAGCCCGUGAGCCAGCCAACAGGACACACUGUGACACUCGUCAGGCCGCCUAUGCAAACCGCGGGGUUGGGUGCAACUUUGAAUGGGAACAAUAAUACGAACCCUGCUGUGGUUGCCAAUACAACGGGGCAGUCAGGUAUCAGCAUACAAACUCCGCUUGUAAACAAUGCCCAGCCGUCCAACUCGGUGUCUGUCAGCGCAAGGUCGCACAUUAUCAAGGCAGAGCCACCCACAACAAUAAUACAGUCAGCAUCGCAGCCGACUGUCACUCCUGGCGCCGUCAGCGCUCCCCGGACUCCGGCCACGGUGGCUGCUGGUCCAGGCGGGAUCCGAGCUCUGACGCCUCAGAUGUUGGCCCCAAGGGUCCCCCAGACCUCCCCAGGACAGCCCAGUAUACAUAACAUCCAGCUCCCCCCGGGGAUGGUGCUUGUGCGCAGUGAGAGCGGACAGCUGCUGAUGAUUCCUCAGCAGACUCUGGCCCAGAUGCAGGCCCAGGCGCAGGGAGGCAUGACACCUCGGACUGCUACACCAACAAACGUGCCUCCUGGCCAGGCCCCUGGAAACAUAAUCAGCAGACAAGUGACUCCCAGCAAUAUCAUCCGACAGGGCUGUCCAACUCCAACAUCACUCGCUGCGACCACCACUCUUCACAGACCUCCUGUUCUUCAGAGUUCUGUUGGGGCUGCAGUACCAGGAAUGACCACCAGGACUGUCACCCAAACAGCUGGGACCACAGUUACCUCAGUAACAGUGAGCAAAGAGACAAUGGAGAAUGUGAAGAAGUGUAAGAACUUCCUGUCUACAUUGAUAAAGCUGGCAUCCACUGGAAAGCAAUCAACAGAGACUGCGGCCAGUGUGAGAGAGCUGGUCAAGGACCUGCUGGAGGGCAAACUGGAAGCUGAGGAAUUCACCAGCAGAUUGUACAAAGAGCUCAAUUCCUCACCCCAACCUUACCUUGUGCCUUUCCUCAAGAGAAGUCUGCCGGCCUUGAGGCAGCUCACUCCAGACUCAGCAGCAUUCAUCCAACAGAGUCAGCUCCCCCAGCCGGCCUCAAGUCCAGUCGCCUCCACCUCACCUACCCCCACCCCUACCACGGUGGUCCUUGGCAGCCCUGCCCCUCGCCUCACUAGCCCAAUCAGCAGGCCCCAGCUCCAGCCAGGCGUCAACAAGCCAGGACAGAUCCCCCCAUUGGUUCUCCAGCCUCAGCAGCAGAGAGCAGUGUUGAGACCUCAGGUAACCUUACCAACGACCCCCAUGGUGACUCUCAGGAAUCAGGCCCCUGGCCGCAUCAUGCUGGGACAGCAACAGGUCCAGCUUAAAGAGCUGCAGCCAGUUCCUGUGAGGCCAGAUGUGUCACCUGCUUCUAAACAAAUCUCCGCUGCAGCCUUGACCCCAGCUCAGAAGAACAAGCUGAAAGAGGCGGGUGGCACUUUCAAGGAUGAUGACGACAUCAACGAUGUGGCCUCCAUGGCUGGAGUGAACCUAUCGGAGGAAAGUGCUAAUAUCCUAGCAACCAAUUCUGGACUAGUUGGAGCGGUAACACAUUCCUGUAAGGAUGAGACUUUCCUCUCCUGCACCAUGCUGCAAAGGAGGAUGCUGGAGAUAGGUAGGAGGCAUGGUGUGACAGACCUGGGUGCUGAGGUGGUGAACUUUGUCUCCCAUGCCACUCAGCAGCGACUCCAGAACCUGCUUGAAAAGGUUUCCCAAGUGGCCCAGCAGAAAAAUGUCAACUUAAAGGAGGAUGGAAACCAUGAGCAGAGCAGUGAUGUUCGUACUCAGCUCAAGUUCUUUGAGCAGCUGGACCAGUUAGAAAAACAACGGAAGGAGGAACAGGAGAGAGAGAUCCUCUUGAAGGCAGCUAAGUCUCGAGCUCGGCAAGAGGACCCAGAGCAACUACGUCUGAAACAGAAGGCAAAAGAGAUGCAGCAGCAGGAGCUGGCUCAGAUGAGACAGAGGGAGGCCAACCUGACGGCACUGGCAGCCAUCGGCCCCAGAAAGAAGAAGAGGAUUCUGGACUCUCCAUCCUCGUCUGCUGUGGCUGAGGGAUCAGGAACAGGUUCCUCUCUGUCGGGUGGGGCUGGUUCAUCGGGCUCCAGACCCACACGGCAGCGCAUCACACGUGUCAAUCUCAGGGACCUGCUCUUCUGUUUGGAGAACGAGAGAUUUACCAGUCGCUCCCAUUUCCUCUACAAGGGCUUUCUCAAAUAGGCUUGAUGUCAAAGAGAAGAGGACGAGGAGGAGAGAUGAAAGGGGGAAAAUGGCAUGUGUGGAGAGACCAACAGCUUCCACCACGGAGAGAGCGUGAGAGACUCUUAGAAAUGAAGAGGAGAGGAGCAGCGAUCAAGGUUUUUCAGAUAUACCUGAUAACCUGAAAUACAACAGUAGCUACAUUUGAUGGCCUCUCUACCUCUCCUCCAAAAAUGCUUAUUUUCUUUCAGAGCAGUCCUGGACUUGUGCCCCUUUAUUUACCCUGUACAACUUAUUUUUCAAAAGGUGCAAAAAAGGAUUAUAUUAAGGGUUUUUGUAUGAACAAAUGACUUAUUGUACAAUUAUGCACUGCAACAUAGUACAGUUUAUUUUCUGAUUAUUUGUAUGUGCAUUAGGCUUUAAAGCAAUGAAAAUUGUUUGUUUUAUUAGACCACCAACUAAUCUUAUUAAUGAUUUUAUUUUUGUUUGUCAACUGAAUUAGUUUCAGCUCCAAACUGUAUAACCUACUGAGUUGCCUUCCUAACUAUGAAUAAGCCAUAUAGCCAUCCCGAAGCAAUUAACCCUGCUGUAUCUCAUGAAGCAGUAGCUUGCUCUCUAUCUGUCUUCUCCAUUACUUUACUUGAUUUCUUUCCCCGGCAUAUUUAUUAACUAAACUCAAGCUUAAAUUAAUGUUUAGUUAUUUAUUUAAUUUCAUGUGACACCUCAGUUGUUUCAUGUAGCUUAGAUUCAAAACAAAAUGUGCAUUUACCUGCAUAGGAUGUUUAAAAUCCUUUUUGGACAUUUUGUGGGGUGUAUAGAUUUCAUUGUGUGAAGAGAGGUGUGUUCUUUGUUUUUAAAAAAAAAAAAAAAAAAAGUUCAAUUGUUCUUUAAAAUUUGUUUUACCUGUGUUCAUUUUUAAAACUUCAACAGUUUUCAGAGGCUUUUAACCUGUACUGCUAUACCAAACAUACAUCUACCUGAACUGAUUUCUAUUUUUGUAGCUGCCCACCAACUCACAUUUUUACUCUUUCAAUAGUAACUGACAGUGUCCUCCAAUCUUUUCCUUACUUGCUUAUAUUUUUGUGCGCUACUGGACACAGCCCCUUAGGUUUUUAGUACCUACGACUUAAGAAACUGGAGUUUCUUCCUGUAUAUUUGUAAAUGUUACACCUAAAGUUUUACACAUGGUUUUGUAUAGAAUUGAGAAUUUACCCAUACAACAUAAAGAAAAACACAUUUUCUCUAUUGAAAGUUUGAAUAAAUAAUGAUUUUACAGUAA